UUUCGUUUUAAAAUCUCAGUUGAACCGACUUUGUAUAACAGUUUUUGCUCGCCGAAAGCAGUAACGACCCGAGGAUAGUAGCGACCCCCCGAAAGUAGCUAUAGACAACCCCAAAGACUGCUAAUUCCGAAAGUAACGAGGGUCGUUACUAUCGGAAGUUUAGGACGGUAGUAAAGUUACAAGACUCCACAAAGCCACGACAAGCGGUCUCGGAACAGUUGGUCCCGGUAACCGAGCCAACCCUGCAACAGGGCUCAUAUAAAGAGGCCCUUAUAUACUUUUGCUCUUCUUGUACCAGUCUCUCGAGAGAAUACGUGACGUCAUGACUUCCGCUUCCACUUUCGAUUCAGGGAAUCAACGGAACUUCCACCGUUUGGGAAAUUUCCCUGAAGGGACCCAUGUUUGGCUGUGCUUUUCAUCCAUUUUACUAGUAUCUCAGUAUCUCCAAGUAAGAUGCAGUCGUAACAAGCGAAGGUUGAUUUUGGCGCAUUCAGCUGGGUUAUCAUUUAGAAGGCAAACUUUUAACCAAAAGUGUCAGUUGUAAUUUCAGUCACAAUGGAAGAUCACUUUCGUCGAGAUCAAGAAGGAGAAGAAGGAGAAGAAGAAGGUCGCUUAAGAUCAUGGAUCCCUCCGUCCAUCCAUCCAGACGUGGUUCAAGUUUCACUGGAAAGUAAUGGGGACACUUUGAAAGAGAUUGACAAGAACAGAAAAGUGUUACUAGAUCUGUCGACCAAGUCUGCUGGUGAGCUAACUACAACACAGGAAACAAACCAACAGAAAAAAGAGGAUAAGGCACAAAGCAUCUCAUACCAAGAUGAAACCAGGGCAAAAACUGAUGUCGACCGAUAUAAGCAAGACCUACAAAUUUUCAAAGAAAUGGGAGACAAAGCCGGAGAGGGCAAUGCGUAUUUGAAUAUCGGUAAAGCAUAUUAUAGUUUAGAUGAUUUCAAAACAGCCAUCGACUACUAUGAACGCCAUCUCAAAAUUGCCAAGGAAGUUGGAGACAAGGCAGGAGAGGGUAGUGCGUAUUGUAAUCUCGGCAAUGCUUACGAUAGCUUAGAAGAUUUCAAAAGAGCCAUCACGUUCCAUAAACGUCAUCUCAAAAUUGCCAAGGAAAUGGGGGACAAGGCGGAAGAGAGCAACGCGUAUUGCAAUCUCGGCAAUGCGUAUGAGGGUUUAGAAGAUUUCAAAAAAGCCAUCGAGUAUCAUGAACGGCAUCUAGAAAUUGCCAAAGGGAUGGGAGACAAAGAAGGAGAAGGUACUGCGUACUGCAAUCUCGGUAACGCUUUUGACAGUGUGGGAGAUUUCAAAAGGGCCAUCAAGUGCCAUGAAAGUCAUCUAAAAAUGGCCCAAGAAAUAGGAGACAAAGCCCAAGAGGGAGUCGCAUAUUGUAAUCUCGGCAAUGCUUAUAGUAAUUUAGAAGAUUUCAAUAUAGCCAUCAAGUACCAUGAGCGGCAUCUAAGAAUUAGCAAAGAAAUGGAAGACAAAGAAGGAGAGGGAAUGGGCUAUUGCAAUAUCGGCAACGCUUUUGAAAGCCUAAGGGAUUACAGGAAAGCCAUCGAGUACCAUGGACGCCAUCUAAAAAUUUCACAAGAAAGUGGAGACAAGGCCGAAGAAGGAGAAAGUUACUGCAAUCUCGGCAGAGCUUAUGAUUGCUUAGGGGAUUUCAAGAAAGCCAUCGAUUGCCAUGAACGUCAUCUCAACAUUGCUAGAGAAUUGGGAGACAAAAUUGGAGAGGGGCGGAGUUACUGCGAUCUCGGCAUUGCAUAUGAAAGUUUAGGAGCUUUCAAGGAAGCCAUUGAGUACCACGAAGCUCAUCUAAAAAUUGCCAAAGAGGUGGGAGACGAAGCUGGCAAGGGAAAGAGUUAUUGCGAUCUCGGCAGAGCCUAUUGUGGUUUGGGAGAUUUUAAGAGAGCCCUCGAGUACCAUGAACGUCAUUUAAAAAUUGCUAGGAAACUGAGAGAUAAGGUUGGAGAGGGAUGGAGUUAUGGAAAUCUCGGCAGAGCCCAUGAACGUCUAGGAAAUUUCAAGAAGGCAAUCGACUAUCAUGAACGUCACUUAAGAAUUGUCAAAGAAGUCGGAGACAAAGCCGGAGAGGGAAGGAGUUAUAGUAAUCUCGGCAGAGCCUAUCUUAGUUUAGGGGACGUCAAGAGAGCCAUUGGCUACCAUGAACGUCAUCUUAAAAUUGCCACAGAAGUGGGAGACAAGGCUGGAGAGGCAGCAAGUUAUGGAAAUCUCGGCAAUGCUUACUACAGUUUGGGAGAUUUCAAGAGGGCCAUAGAGUAUCAAGAACAUAGUCUACAAGUUCUCCAAGAAGUUGGAUACAAAGUUGAAGAAAUGAAGAGCUAUUGCAGUCUCGGCAAUGCUUAUCAUAAUUUAGGAGAUUUCAAAACUGCCAUCGACUAUCACGAACGUGAACUAAGAAUUGCCAGAGAAGUUGAGGACAAGUCUGCAGAGGGAGGCGCGUAUUGUAAUCUCGGCAAUGUUUAUCACAGUUUAGGAGAUUUGAAGAGAGCCAUCGAGUACCAUGAACGUCAUUCAAAGAUUGCCGAGGAAGUGGGAGAAAAAGCAGGAGAAGGAAGCAGUUAUGGCAAUCUCGGCAAUGAUUACUAUAGCUUAGGAUAUUUCUCAACAGCUAUAGAGUACCAUGAACGGCAUCUAAAGAUUGCUAAAGAUUUGGGAGACAAGGCCGGAGAGAGAAAUGCCUACUGUAAUCUCGGCAAUGCCUACGCUGGUUUGAAAGAUUUUAAAAGAGCCAUGGAGUGCUAUGAACGUCAUCUAAAAAUUUCCCAAGAAAUGAAAGACAAGGCUGGCGAAGGAACGAGUUAUGGAAAUCUCGGCAGUGUGUUUUAUAGCUUGGGAGAUUUCCAAAAAGCCAUCGAGUUCCAUGAAUGUCAUCUAAAGCUUGCCAGACAAGUUGGAGACAAAGCUGGAGUAGCCAGAUCGUUGUACUCUCUUGGUAUCAGCUUUGAAGGCCAAGGAUCCUUAUCAAGAUCCCUUGAGUGCUAUCAUUCCAGCGUGAUGGUCUAUAAUGAAAUCAGAGCUAGUCUGAAGUUUAAAGAUGAAUGGAAGAUCAGUUACCGUGAUACACUGGAAUUUGCGUACACUAGCUUGUGGCUUCUUCAUUUAAAACAAGGUGAAGUUGUCGAGGCUCUGCGUUUUGCUGACCAAGGACGUGCACAAGCUCUUAGAGAUCUCAUGGAUUCAAAGUAUGUGUCCGGAGAAGAAUACUAUCAGUUGCACUCCCCAGAACUGUCUGCUGACUUCCUCCUUAGCUGUGUUCCAUCAAACACAGUUUUCACAGCAGUUGAUGACAAAGAAAUAUUUUUCUGGGUCAUUCAGGACGGUAAAGAUGUUCAGUUGAGAAGAAAAGAAAUUACCGAUGUUUCAAACGAAGAUGUGAAAAGAUUUAUUACCUCCUUGAAUGAGUCAAUUGGAACAAGAGGUGGUGUUAUAUGCGAAAAUCGUUCACUUGAUGAGCCUUGUGGCGAACAAUUGGCGAACGAAAGGGCCCCUGGCAAUGAUUUUCAUGCUGAACAGUCACAACGACGUGCUCUACGAACGUUAUAUGACGUCAUCAUUGCUCCAAUCGCCGACCUGUGUGACGGAAAUGACAUACUAUUUGUCCCAGAAGGUCCACUCUGUUUGGUCCCUUAUGCUGCAUUGGUUGAUUCUAAGGAAGGGUACAUGUGUGAGUUUUUCAGAGUCCGACUGAUUCCAUCCCUGGCCACUUUAAAAUUGAUAACUGAUUGUCCAGGAGAUUUCCACAAGAAGACCGGGGCGUUACUGGUGGGUGAUCCAUGUUUGCAAGACGUUCCUCAGUAUCUGCGUAAGGAUCUAGAACAGCUGCCAUAUGCAAAAAAAGAAGUGGAGAUGAUUGGGCGAAUCCUCAGCACAGCUCCUCUCACCGGUGAAAAGGCAACGAAAGACGAAGUGUUGAAGCGACUACCGUCAGUUGCUUUAGUGCACAUUGCUGCACAUGGCCGAAUGGAAACAGGACAAAUUCUCUUAGCGCCAAGUCCUUCGACCGGUGUACGAACAGAAGAAGACUGUUUUCUUACAAUGACAGAUGUGUUACAAGCAAAUCUGCGAGCGAAGUUGGUUGUGCUAAGUUGCUGUCACAGUGCUCAAGGGGAGAUUAAAGCUGAAGGGGUGGUUGGCAUUGCACGAGCGUUUUUAGGUGCUGGAGCUCGCUCUGUCUUGGUGUCCCUGUGGGCGAUUGAUGAUGAGGCGACUAUGGAGUUUAUGAAACAUUUCUACGGAGAAUUGGUUAAAGGAAAGAAGGCCAGUGAAGCUCUUCGUGUAGCCAUGAAAUGUAUGAGAGAAUCUCAACAGUUCAGGGAAGUGAAGUAUUGGGCACCAUUUGUACUGAUUGGCGACGACGUCACGCUGGAGUUUUAGAUUGACGUUUUCCAUCGUCCAAUGUUCUGAACGUAGAAGCUGUAUAUAUAAACGACGAGACAAAAGGCGGUCCGAGUUGUAGCUACGUCCUUGAUGAAAUACGGAUUAGAAACUAGAAACUGUUUCUCCUAUGUCCAAGGACCAAGUAAAGCCGUGAUGAGAUUGCAGAGUACUAUCACUUUUGACGAUAAUUACGAAACUAUUUGCAAACAUGAAAGAGUUCGGUGGCAGUUGUUUCGUUAACGUUUAAGGACGUUCGCGCCCAAAAUCAUUUAACGUACUGAUUUCUUUUCAAGUUUGACUGUAGUUAGACCAUGAUCAGAAUAUGUCAAAAACGCUAAAAAAUUUGGGAGUCACCGAGCUCGUUUUGGAGAUAAAGCAUAUCACAGACCACAGCAUUUCUGAUGGGAGUUUCAGUCAUUCGACGAGAUUCUGCAUUCAUUACUAUCGGAAUAUAUUUAAGUAGAAUGGAGAAGCAUAUCUAAAACGUGUGUUUAUUUGAGCACAUAUAUACAAUAGAUUUUUACUACAUAUGUCAUUAGCUUAGGCAGAAUUAACCUUAAAAAGGCCACGUCUAAGUCACGCACACCUGUAAUUAUGCGAAAAUUCGACCUCAUGUGAAUAGUAAAUGCGAAAUAACUAAAACCUCCCACGUGCAGAUUUUUUUUGCACUUUAGUAUAUUCGAAAGAAUCAGAAAAGGAAAUGAUCGGUUGAAAAAUAAUGGGGAUCACUGAACAUCCAGCGAAAAAUAUCCUCACACAAAGUUAACGCAAAGGCCAUCAGCUCUAUGUUUUGUUGAGUUUUUCACUCGUUACGCGCGCUCGAUGUAUGACGUGGUGCGCGCGUAACGAGUGAAAAACUAAUGAAUAGCGUGCGCACUAGGGAUGCGCGGUAGCAAUGGGCGCGAAUGUCCUUAAAUGCUAGACCUAGGGCUUCGAUUCACCAAGUGCUUAUAAUAAAAUAUUAGUCGUAUUGAUUACCUCACAUUUCAAUUUAAAUGUUAUGCAUUGUUCUAGCCUUCCCAGAUCCGUUUUAAGCAUUUUAAUUAUUAAAGCUGUUACUUUA